AUUGCGUUGAUUCUGUUAAUUUGCAGCUAUUGUAUAAAUGGACUACGAUGAUUUUGCUCUUUAAAAUGACCAAAUCUUCAUUUGUAGGGCUUUGACCGAGAAGGAAAGCUACGAGCUAUUUGUGGUGGGGGCAGAUAUGACCGGUUAUUCUCAACUUUCGGCGCUGAUGACAUUCCUGCUUGUGGCUUUGGGUUUGGUGAUGCAGUCAUAGUGGAAAUUUCGUCAAUAGUGAAAGAGGACAUGAUCCUUGUAGGAGUUUUCAGACGACAAAGGAAACUCCGUGGCAGUGUUAUUAUAUGGAGCCACUCUAUCUGGCUUACUACUUUCUUCCACAUUUGCUUAGAGAGAAGGGUCUUCUACCUGACCUCAGCUUGCAAAUAGAGAACAUCGUGUGUGCCCUGGACGUUGAUCUUCAAGGAGCUGCUGCUACUGUUGCUCGGAUUCUUAGGGAUAAAGGGCAGAGCGUUGACUUGGUUUUGGAGAAUAAGCCACUUAAAUGGGUUUUCAAGCGAGCAAGCCGAAUAAAUGCUCAGCGGCUGAUAUUAGUGGGGAGUUCUGAGUGGCAAAGGGGUAUGGUUGGCGUAAAAAUUCUCUCUACAGGUGAACAGAACGAGGUUAAACUUGAUGAUCUAAAUUAAUUAUAAUUCGAAGACUCGAGUGUAACCUUUGUUGUAACUUUAUUCAUUUGACUUUAUUUUUCCCACUAUUCCAUGCUUGUUAACCUGUAAAUAUAUUUUUGAGUAGGCGACUGCGCGGGCACAGCCAUGCAUGUAGACAUAUAAUCUCAUUGAGAUUUUAAAUACUUGAAUGUUAUUGGGUUAAAAUAAUAAUAAUAUUAAGAAAAAAUUUAUGUACUUA